GUCUGAGAUGAAAAUUAAAGAGAAAGCCAAAUAAAUGAUCUUGCAAAAGGAUUUAAUUUUAGUUUUUAUAUAUUACUUUUGAUGUUAAGGAAUGGAACAAUCUUUUGCAGGGAUUUUCGGAAAUUAAUUUCAAAAGUUGGCUUCCAUAUCAUACAGAGAAGUUUUUCAGUGCUUGAACACAAAAUGAGGGACAUGUCUAUGCAUACCAGAUGAUUUUGAUGACAAGUAACAGAUAUUGACGAGUUAUAAUAUGAGGAGACAUUGACAACUCACAGCAAUGGGAUGUCAAAACUGUGUAGUGGCCAAUCAACCUGAACAGCCAAUUGAGUUCAAGGAAUUUUAUUAUCAAGCCCGAUUUGUGACAGGGUUGAUAUUCUUUCCAACCGUAUGUGUUUUAGGUAUGAUUGGGAAUAUACUCGGAAUAAUCGUUAUGUGUCAAAAGCAAAUGCGUUCAUCUACAAAUAUAUAUCUUCUUUCAUUGGCGAUAUCUGAUUGCAUUAAAAUUCUCAGUGAUGUUCUCUACUUUCUUGUUAUACUACUUUCAGAAGUAGAUCCGUCAACCGGAAAUAAAGCCUUAGGAUUUGUAUAUCCUUACGCUCAUUAUAUUUUUAAUGCAUCAUUGUGUGUUUCUGCCUGGUUAACCGUAUCGGUUGCUUUCGAACGAUACAUAUAUGUGUGUCAUCCGACUAGAGUCAAACGAUUGUGUUCAAUAUCACGUGCCAAAACGAUAUCGACAACAGUUUUUGUGAUAAUGAUGGUAUUUUCUGUUCCAUACGCUAUGCGAUAUAAAACUAUAGAAGUUUUACAAAACACGACGCAGAGUAUUAGUUACGAUCUUCAUCUAACAGAUUUAUGGGCAAAUGAAACGUUUGCAAAAACAUUUAAUUGGUUACAUUACUUUGUACGUUCCAUCAUUCCUUUAUUCCUACUCAUUAUUCUUAAUACUUGCAUUUUAUACGGAAUACGACGGUGUAGACUUGGUCGUCGGAAACACCGAAUAACUGUGAUGUUAAUUGUUAUAAUUAUAGUAUUCCUUAUUUGUAUAGUUCCAGAUGCCAUCAUGUCUACGUGUCUUGGACUUGGAUAUUAUGAGGAAAAUUAUUUAGCUCGUGGUAUACGUGAAAUCACAGAUUUGUUAUUGUUAAUAAAUACCGGUGUUAAUUUUAUUAUUUAUUGCAUAUUUAACACAAUUUUUUGGAGAAACUUUCAGGAAUUAUUCUGUCCAUGUUGUAUUACUCCAGGAUUUUAUAUAGAAGAUAGUAACGUUCGACGUCUGUCACUGAUUGCUAGAGGUUCUUUGAGAAUGAAUGGAAAUCGACGCAGUAUUAAUGAUGAUAAACUGUUAACGGAAGUGUGAUUGUUAUUCGUGUACUAAUGUUGAUAAAGUGUUCCCGGAAAUGUGAUUGUUAUUUAUGUACUAAUGAUGAUUAACUGAUAGCGGAAGUGUGAUUGUUAUUUAUGUACCAAUGAUGGUUAACUAUUAACGGAAGUGUGAUUAAUAUGUAUGUACCAAUGGGGAUAAACUGUUAACGGAGGUGUGACUGUUAUUUAUGUACGUGAUAUUUUUUAUACAAAGAUAUAUUUUUGAAUGGAGUUGAUCGACUUUAAGUUUUGUGCUUAUUUUCAUGUGGUUAACAUUAAUAUAACAUUUUACGUUACGUGUAA